AUAUAGGAAGAAGGUGAAUCGUGAUAAUAUACGAUUCUGUGAUAUGAGAACGAAUAUUCUACGUGAAAGGAUUUCGUGUUUUUGUUUGAUUUUAGAAAGAAGAAAUGCUUUUUCUCUGAAUUAUAAACGUUACGAUUUGAAUAAAAAGUAAAAAGUUGGAGUUCACUGUUUAUGGUUUCGCGAAAAAAAUAGUUCACAUGUUUUAAGUAUAAUGUGUAUUUCAAUAAACUGAAAGCAUCACCGACAUGGCUGCUAGUAGAAAACUCCAGGGAGAAAUAGAUAGAUGCCUGAAAAAGGUAACGGAAGGAGUAGAAACUUUCGAAGAUAUUUGGCAGAAAGUCCAUAAUGCAACGAAUAGUAACCAAAAAGAGAAAUAUGAGGCUGACCUCAAGAAAGAGAUUAAAAAACUUCAAAGACUGCGAGACCAGAUUAAGAGUUGGAUUCAAUCAGGUGAAGUCAAAGAUAAGUCUAUUCUUAUGGAAAACAGAAAACUUAUCGAAACCCAGAUGGAAAGGUUCAAGGUUGUGGAACGAGAAACUAAAACUAAGGCAUACUCGAAAGAAGGUUUGGGGGCUGCACAAAAGCUAGAUCCUGCUCAAAAAGAACGAGACGAAAUCCAACACUGGCUAGUGAAUUCAAUUGAACAGUUGAAUAUUCAGUCAGAUGCAUUUGAAUGUGAAAUAGAAUCAUUACAAGCUAAUAAGAAGAAAAAAUUAGAUAAAGACAAGCAGGAGAGAGUUGAUGAAUAUAAGGCAAGAUUAGAAAAACAUCGGUUUCAUAUUAAAAAAUUGGAAACUUUAUUGAGAAUGCUAGAUAAUAUGUCCGUGGAAGUUUCACAGAUAAAAACUAUCAAGGAUAAUGUUGAAUACUAUGUGGAAUCAUCUCAAGAGCCUGAUUUUGAAGAUAAUGAAUUCAUUUAUGAUGAUAUUAUUGGAAUUGAUGACGUUGAAAUUGCUGGAGCAGGAAUACCAUCUUCAGUGACUACAGAUAGUAAUGAAACAGCUGGAUCUCCCACGUCUAUGAUAUCUGGAUCUUCUCCUAUUCCAUCACCUUCCCCCAGUGGUAGUCAACCUUAUAUUCAUUCAAGUGAUAGUUCAAAUGAAUCGGAAAAGAAAGCUAAUGAAGAAACCCCUAAGCCAAUCAAACCAACUCCUGUUAGGAUAAGUUCUACUAUGAUGAUGAAUUGCAGUACAAACUCUUUACUAAGUACUAGUUGUAGUAGUGUAGCAUCUAUGACUCCUGUUAGUAAUAAUACUAAACCUGUAUUAAUUAGCAGCACUCCAAGUAAAACAACUAUCGUUAGGGAGGCAUCUCCAGUACCGCCAUUAUCAACAUCUGGAAACUUUGCGACUGUAACAGCAAAUAAUGUUCCCAUAAAAUCCAACCAAAGUGUUAGUGAGAAUGUUAUAACAAAUGUUAGUAUGGUGAAUAAUUCAAAUCAAGUGUCUGGCCAAAAUAUGUCCACAACAUCUGUUAAUAGUCCUAUUCCAAAUAUGAAUACAACUCAAAAUCAAGUGGAUGGAAUGUCGUCACUGAAAACUAUGGCGCAACAAGUAAUAGAUCGAGCGGGUUUGGAGGCAAACCAGGUGAUGUCACUAGAACAGACUAAGAAUCAUAAUCAAGGACAGAAGUCUGAAGCUCACAUUCCCCCAUUACUGGGUGUGGCACCUUUAGGGCCCAUCCCACUCCAGAAAGAGCAUCAGUCACAGUUUCAGUAUAUGGAAGCAGCAUUCUACCAUAUGCCACAUCCUUCAGAUUCUGAGAGAAUACGACCUUAUGUACAAAGAACACCGUACCCCACUCAGACUUAUUACAUACAAGCACCAUUACCUUUGUCAGAUACCUUGGAAUUUUAUCAAAGAUUAGCUACUGAAACACUGUUUUUUGUAUUUUAUUACAUGGAAGGCACGAAGGCACAAUACCUAGCAGCCAAAGCUCUGAAAAAACAAAGCUGGAGGUUCCACACAAAAUAUAUGAUGUGGUUUCAAAGACAUGAAGAACCUAAAGUGAUAAAUGAAGAAUACGAGCAGGGCACAUAUAUAUAUUUUGACUAUGAAAAAUGGGGACAACGAAAAAAAGAAGGCUUUACUUUUGAAUAUAAGUACUUAGAAGAUAGAGACUUGAAUUGAUGAAAUUUUCUCAGAGGAUAGAAUAGAGAAUUAUGUUUGUUUUAUGAACACUAUUGAAGUUUGUUUCAUUUAUUUCCACUACCUCUACUGUAUACUGUAUAUAAUUAGAAAUACACUGCUUUUUUGGUAAAA